AUGGAAGGGGAGCCAUGCCAUCGCCCCGCAAAGUUGACAAUACCGUUUCUUCUACAUUAUACAAAUGUAGAGAGUGAAUCGAAAUACGAAAGUCUCCGCCUGCUGUCUCAAUGUACGGGUGCGGAUCCGCAAAUUGGUUGUUGUGCUGUGAACCAUCAACCGGGAUUUUCAUACUUCCUCACAGAUCCUUGGGAAAGGAUGUUUCACUCUUUCAUAUGUACUGCUAAUCUUGACCCACCAUGCGACUCAAAACCCAGUGCGACGUACUCGUUCGAUGAUGCAGAUCUUGAGAGCACUUCCGCCGAGCUCCUAAGAAUUCUCACCUGCUCCGAACAGCAAGAUGCACUGGGUCAAGAAACCCUGGACAUCGAUAAGGCCCGCCAGCUAUUUACUCCUUCUAACAUCGACAAAUUCAUUAAAGCAUUCUUCGACAAUCCAUUCCACACACACUACAUCAAUGCAGCCGCAUUCAGCUUGAGCAAAACCUCCAAUCUUCUUGUUCUGACAAUGGUACUCUUAGGGGCGGUUUACAGUAACCCUUACCGCUCAGAUGAUCUGGCAACAUACUCAAACGUCACCGAACACUUAGUAUUCGAAGGACUAGCUUUCAAGAAGUUAUUACAUGGAAAUACUGACAUCCUCGAUUCCCGUGGCACUUUAGAAACCCUCCAAGCUGCAAUGCUUGUCGUUAUUUUGCAGUCUUAUAAGGAAAAUCAAGAUAGCAUACGACGCAUUCGCUUGCAACGCAUGCCAACUAUCUUUACUGCAAUUCGUAUGCUCGAGUUGAACAAGAUUACGAAUGACUUUAUUCCUGGUGUUUCAGACUGGGACACAUAUUUUCUCCGUGAAAGUCUUGUCAGAGUCAUGGCAGGCAUCUACCUGCUGGACUGUUAUUGCGUUAUCUUCUUUCGCUAUCCGAGCCUUCUGAGACUCGAUGAGAUUGCUUUCGAAAUACCGCAACGAGAUGACCUAUUCCAUGCUCACAAUGCCGUUGAAUGGGAGGAACUAUCAUUGAAGGAUCAGAAGCCCCACGUACCUUUACGAUUGCGGACCGUUCUUCGCGACUUCAUGAGGCCCGAAGACCAACCUCCUCAACAUGGGGCAUAUUUUCCGAAUACUAUAUUCGCAUCAUUUCUUGUCCUUUCCGCGAUACAAUGUGUAUUAUUUGACCUGUUAGCCCUGCACACAUUCAUGGAUGACAUUCGUGUCUUUGAACCGGUGGAUCGUGCAUUGAAUCGGUGGAAGAUCCACUGGGACUCAAUGUGCCAAGGGAUUGAACCAGGUACUGCCAAACGAGCCGGAUUCAUUAUCCAUGCUGCAGAAUUUUGGUGUGUUGCCAAGGCUCUCAUAAAGCAUCCAUCUGCUGCGUGGCCUGAAGACGGCAACGAUACUUUAGAUACGACACAAAGCUUUCGCCGCCUGGUAGACAGGUUGAUGGAGGAUGAUAAUACUGCCAAUGGAACUUUGCACGUUCUUCAUAUUAAACAAAUGCGAAGGUCUAGAUAG